AUGAAGACGAUAAAAGACCAAGAUGGGAAUCUCAUCAAGGACGAUGAGCAGGUGCAAAAAGUCUUGUCUAUGUGGUCAUCCAUUGUAGGACCAGACUUGGACGAGGCGCUGGGCAAGAAGGGGAGCCACUAUCGCGGCGGCAGUCGACCCCACGCCUCCAUUAUCACUCAAGACGAUGUCAGCACUGCUCUAAUAUCGAAGCCGGAUCAUUAUGGCGACGGACCGAAGCCUCCAGAUGCAACACUAUCCUUCAUUGGAAACUUUCAACCUGAUCCUGACAACGUAAUCAUUCGUGUCAAAGACGCCCCCAGAUGGGAAAGGGAACGAAACAAUGGACCGACCAGAGGUAGCUCGCACUUUCUCAUCCACUCCGAGUACUCCAAGUCCUUCCUUUCAAGUACGACAGCAAUACUGGCCUACCCCGGCAACCCUGAAGAUCUAGGCAAAUUGUCUACAGAAGCCAGAACACUAUGCGAUGGGACCGACGAGGAGGCCACCGCGUACAUGCAGCAGAUGAUCAAGAACGCCGAGACGGCUUUUGAUCUCUUCGACAAAGAUCGACAGCGCUCAAAAACGAUUGCGGACAGCAUCAUGCCCUACCACAUUCAUCGAUACCAGGCCGGCAGACUUGAUCGUGAGCGCAGAGCCACUGCACGAUCCAACUACAUUGCUGCCUCGGUAUGCCGUGCGUUUGACGAGCAGCAAGAUAUGAGGAACAGCACGCGCAGUGGAUCUUAUAUACCACCGUACGUCUCUGCACCGAGCAAGUAUGCCUGGGAUAAAGCCCUCAAAACCGGAUGGAUUAGUGCCAGCGAUUUGCAUGGCCCACCUUAUGCGAUUGACGAAAUCUUGGACGACACCGCGCAGCGCUUGGCUACUCUCACGGGAUCGGGUAGAAGAGAAGAAGGCGAAGCACCUCCUCCAUCUUAUGGCGAUGCCAUUGAACUAAACACGGGUUUCAUCUCGAAUUCAUCAGGCUUGGGAUCCUCCAGCGCUUCGGCUUUCCCAAGCGAACGCAUCGAUCACCCACAACCGAGAGGUGCGAGCAAAAAGGAGCCAGUCGGCUACAAUGUUGACGACAAUAUUCUCUUGGGACAGCCUACCGCCGCCGCCAGCUCGUCUGCUGGUACUAGACAGGCAUCACAGUAUCGCGUCUCACACUUGUCGCCUACAGGCCACGAAACUAUCACCAAUAUCACCAGAGUAGGUGCUGACAGUAGACCACCGGGCGGUGGUUCUCGUCGUCGCAGACGCAGCAGGCUCCUGAGUUUUUGCGGGAAAAGUGACGAUAGUACUGAUUAA